AAUAAAGUUAUUGGUCCAAAAUCAAGAUGGCGGCCUACACGACCUCACGAAAUUUGGUUAGAUUAACAACCAAAAUCUGUUCUUUACAAGCGUCACUGAGACUACACCGUACUUUCCCUAUUUUGACUACAAGCACCUCACAGCAGGCAAGAUCAUUGUGUAGAUCGAGCGAAUGGAAGAAUCCACAUAAAGACAGACAACAAGUGCAACAAACUGAGGCCAUCGACUGUGAGGAGGACCCGUACAAACUAGCAGUAGAGAAAUGCAUUUUAUGCAAAUACCAAGUUCCAAUUUCAUAUAAGAAUGUCCAGCUGCUCUCUCAGUUUGUAUCUCCCAAUACGGGACGUAUCUUUGGCCGUCACAUCACCAAGCUUUGUGAAGCCCAGCAGCGUCGCGUAACCAAGGCUGUAAAGAGGGCCAUAACGAUGGGUUUUAUGCCAAGCCAGUACAGGACAACCCAGUUCCUCAAGGACCCCAGCCUCUAUGAUGUCAGGUACACAGGGAGCAUUGCGAUCGGACAGUACUCCAAACUCCCUGACAGCAACAUCAGCGAGGAGGAGCUGUUGGAGAUGCAGCAACGUGCUGAGGAAGAAGCAAAGACAACGCAAAGUUGAUGAACGAUGCAUUCAUAUUUAAAAAGGACUAUGUGAUAUGGUGCAGUGAUAUGACAGUUGAAACAUCUGUGGACUGAGAACUCUGAAAGGGCAGUAUUUUGUCGUCAAUUGGCAACAAUGCGAUAUCAUCUGAUCUCAAGCAUCAAGAAACAUUACUGCAGCGAUGUUGAUAUGGACUUGUAGUUUUGUAUUGUGCGAUUUUCUUCAGAUUCCAUACAGAAUUAAGAAUAUUCACGAAAAAUUGUCAGUUAAGGCACUUAUUUGGAUACUACCUUAGCAAUGAUGGUUUCCCUCAUGCAGGCUUGAAUAUAAAGUUGGGAGAAACAAUUCCUUGUAAAAAUUCUCCAGAUAUGAGCCCUGGGAAUAUUUAAAGAUUUGAGAAAGGUUGAUUAUGUAUUACAUAAGAGUUGAUAUGUACUGUAAAGUUUUGGAAUUAUCAAAUGAAAACAAAUUGGAUCAGUCUUUUUGAAGAUUACAUGCAUUGAAAUGGAUAUACAUGUAUAUGGGACUACACACAAAUGUUUGACUCCUAUGUUUUAGGCUUUCAGCUAUGUAUUGUCAUAUUUCCGAUAAUUGGUCAUUUUAAAAGCAAUCCUUUCAAAGGAGACAUUUUUACUCUGAAAUUCUUCCAAACUUACAAGCAAAGAUUGAGAAAGCUCAUAAGUUAUUUGUCAUCUUUACCAGAACUCAACCUUCUCUUUAAAAAUAUUCAAAAAUCAUCCUGCCAACAAGUGACCAUCAAAGAAUCCAAGACAUAUAUCUUGUCUGCUUAUAGGAGGUCAAGGAGGACUUGAAGCUAAUUUAGAGGUGAUCUGCAGUGAAGUAACGUACCAUGUUUUAAGGCAGUUAUCAAGUUUUUAGCAUUGAUACUUUAUCCUCCUUGUUCAAAAUUUCAAAUCUUACUAAACGCUCUGUGAUUUAGAAUAUAAUCAGAAGAGUCAUGUUGAUAAAUGAUAAUAAAUACAUGCUUUAUAAAAGAAUAUAUUUGUAAAGACGAUUAUGACAUGAAAAUAAAACAAAAGGAGAUCAAAUAAGUUAUCUUCAAAUAAAGUAAAAUGCUUGAUUUCUAGGGA